AUGAGACCGACAGUCCCUUUUUGGUCAUGGGCUGCUAAACGUUCCAAAGAUGCUUUUCGCAAACAAUCAAAAAUCGAUAAUUAUCGAUCUAGAGCCGCUUAUAAAUUACUGGAAUUAAACCAAAAGCAUAGGUUUUUGAAAAAAGGAUAUGGAGUUAUUGAUUUGGGAUUCGCUCCAGGCUCUUGGUCACAAGUAGCCUUGAAGGCUGUAGGCACUGAGGGUUUUGUUACUGCAGUGGAUAUUCAAAAUGUAUCACCUCCUCAAGGAGUUUUUCCAGUGUAUGGCGAUAUGUUAGACCCUCAAACACAGACCAAAAUACUAGAAGCUUUCCGACAACAUCGACAGGAACCCAUCAAAAGGGAAUUGGUAGUAGAUACAGUCUUGAGCGAUAUGCUUCAUUCAACCACUGGCAUACGCAUUCGAGAUCAUGCCAUAUCUAUGGAUUUAUGUAAUUCUGCGUUUCAAUUAGCAAAAACCUUUCUUCGUCCCGGGGGAUUUUUUGUUUGUAAAUAUUAUAUGGGAUCCGAAGAACGUGAGUUUCAGAAGUCUCUGAUGGAAGUUUUCAAGCGUGUGUACAUAGAAAAACCAAAAGCGUCUAUAAAAGAAUCCAGGGAAGCUUAUUUUGUAUGUUUAGGACGAAAAUGA